GCCCGUGAUCGGAGCGUGCAGCGAACGAUCCAGACAGAGGCAAAGGCCCUGCCGCUCCCGGCCACGCAAAGCACCCGCCGGCUGCUCCCGGGGUCCGCCGGGCAGACAGGCCGGAGCGAGCCGCGCGCAGGCGGGGAAGGAGGCCGGCAGCCCAGGCGGAGAGAGGACGCGGGGGGCCGCUGGGGCAGCCAGGCGAGGGUUCAGGGAAGCCGGGGCGGCCCCCGCUUUCCGCUCGGCCGGCUGCGGGGCUGAUGCAGGCGUUUGUCACCCGGCGGAUCCCCCGCGAGGGGCUGGCGGCCCUGAGCCAGGCCGGCGUCUGCAGCAUCCAGCAAUGGGAUUCAGACGAACCUAUCCCGCGGUCAGAAUUGCUGGCGGGGGUGGCUGGGAAGCAUGGACUGCUCUGUGUCUUGUCUGACCAGAUAGACAAAGAGGUCCUCGAUGCAGCAGGGUCCAACCUUAAAACAAUCAGCACGCUGUCUGUGGGUGUUGACCAUCUGGCUCUAGAAGAAAUUAAAAAGCGUGGAAUCCGUGUGGGAUACACCCCGGACAUCCUGACCGAUGCCACGGCUGAGCUCUCGGUAGCUUUGCUCUUAGCUACGUGUCGCAGGCUGCCGGAGUCAGUGGAGGAAGUGAAGAAUGGUGGUUGGACAACAUGGAAGCCGCUGUGGAUGUGUGGAUACGGGCUGUCCGGUAGCACUGUAGGAAUCAUAGGGCUGGGAAGAAUAGGACAGGCAGUGGCGUGCCGUCUAAAGCCAUUCGGGGUCAAGAAAUUUUUGUAUACGGGAAGUCGCCCAAAACCGGAGAACGCCGUGGAGUUUCAAGCCGAGUUUGUCCCACUCGCCAAGCUAGCAGAGGAGUCAGACUUUGUGGUUGUUACCUGUUCCUUAACUCCUGACACUAAAGGAGUGUGCAACAAGGAUUUCUUCAGCCGAAUGAAGAAAACGUCUGUGUUUAUCAACACAAGCAGGGGAGCGGUGGUGAACCAGGAAGAUCUGUACCAGGCUUUGGUUAGUGGCCAGAUUGCAGCUGCUGGUCUGGAUGUCACAACCCCGGAGCCGCUGCCUACUGACCACCCUCUCCUUUCCCUGAAGAAUUGUGUGAUUUUGCCUCACAUUGGAAGUGCUACCUAUGCCACCAGAAGCGCCAUGUCUGUGCUGGCUGCUAACAACCUUCUGGCUGGCUUGAAAGAGGAAAGUAUGCCAAGUGAACUCCAGCUGUGAAGAGAAUCCCAAGAACAUCGCUGGCUAGGCCAGGUCAUACCUUAGAAAUGACCGUUGUCUCUUAGCCCAGAGAAGCAGCACAGAUCCUGACUUGUUCCUGCUGUAAAGUUGGUGUAUGUGCCUCUCUCAUUCUGCAGGUAGAACUUAUUAAACCAGGCUUGAGUAACACA